AUGACGUUGCCCAUUUCGACGUCACCUCGAACUACGUCACUUCCCCAGCCUCUGCUGUCACCCGAGAUGGUGGCCACUCAGCUGUUGGAUGACGUUAUAAACGAAGAAGUGAAACGAUCCAAUUGGGAUACAGCAUCCUGGAAAGAUAAGGACCCUUCAUCCGAGCAAUCUUCGCCGACGUCGCUAGAUACGACAAACGACGACACUUCUUCGACUCCUGGUUCAUUAACACCUUCGGGAAAAAAGAAAUAUGUUUACAAGAUUACGUUGGUUACCGAAAAGAAGGCGGACGGUUCCGAGCAGACACAAUCAGUUACACAAGUUAUAACCAGAAAUUCCCAGCCAGCUCAAUUACUUUCACCCGGAGGUUCAGAGCUCCCCCCGCUGCCUGCCCAGCCACCACUAGAGUUUCUUGAUGAAAAUUCAUUACCCGCACCCGUGUUUACUCCUCCUACCUCACCCAGCACCGAGCUUACUACAAGUCCCCCAGAAUUUACCCCUCCACCACCGCCAUCAUUUUUGCCUCCCCCGCCACCCGUAAUUGAGGAUAACAUCCCAUCGUCCGCGGUGAAUGUAAAUGUAGAGAUCUCACCCUUGUCCCAGUUGCCACCACCUGUAGCAUUUCAGGAGGAGCCCCCCUCUAAACCCCAGCCGCCCAAAUCAGAACCUCCUACUUCAACACAAAUUGAAAUCCCCCCAUGUUCACAAGAACCCCAACCCAGUCCACCUGUCGAAGAACCUUCCUUACCACCCCAGCAAAAACCAACGCACCAACCUAUAACUACCCCCUUACCUCCGCCUGACUCAGAGGAAACGGACUAUACCUCUCAGCUCCCUGCCCCAGUAAUCCCCCCUCCUAACGAAAACUUAAAAAACCAGGACCUACCCCUCACCUCUGCUACUCUUCCCCCACCAGAAGAGUUCAAAGAAAGCAAGUUAGGCCAGCCAGUCAAAGAGGAGAUUGUUGUCCCCCCUCCUAUUUUUGCUGACGUUACUGAUGGCCAGGGCUUACAUUCGAAUGAAAGUUCAACGUCCGAAAAGCAAGGCCUUGAUUUGGAAAAGGAUGAUGGCUGUAUAUCAUUGGAUUCUGAGACAGUUGUAGCUGACAAUGGUAUAAAAACGCAUGUUUCAAACGUAGAUGAAGCCUCGAAGAGAAAAUCAUUGGAAGAAAAUAUGCAGGCUGAAGUUAAAACAGAAGAUCCUAAAUUGCUUGUCGAACAGUCUUCAAACGAAACGUUGCAGGCCCAAACUGAAACAGGGGAGGCUAAGUCGCUUACACAAGUCCCCGAAGAAGUUGUUGAUACUCAAGAAAAUCAAAACCUAACAUCAGACGAAAACUCGCAAAGCCAAGUCAAGAGUGAGGAAUCCGUCAUAGGUAAGAACAAGCACAGGGUCGGAUUUUAUUGGAAAUUAGGUGGAAAAAGUUUGGGGAAGGUGUACUGUAUACAUAUUUAUGAUAUCUAUCAACGUGUAUAACAUGUCCUACAACACUACGAAUUUCUUUCGAAACAUGGCAUUAAAAGGGUAACUGAUGCAUAGGUGAACGAUUAUAACUUUUUCAAUUCUAUAGAAGAACUUUGUUGCAAAGUGUAGAAUCUAACUCGUGGGCAAUAAAAAUUAGUAACAAACAUGAAAGUUAAUUUCUAAGUGUGACUCAAAUUUUGACAAGGAGAAGCGAAUGCAUGAAUUUUCAGGGGGAGGUGUAAAAAAACGUUCUCAUCAACAUUAGCUGAAAUUUGAACUUCAAUGUUAAAAAUUUACCUGAAGUGUAUCAAUUAUAAUAGAGCUUUUUCUGAUUGUCAUACUAAGUUUCGGAAGAAAAGGGUCCUCCCCCAGAAAAUGUUUACGUUUUUGAAGCUCCAGGAGUGCAUCGUUACGUCCUUGCAUCAGGAAGCAUUAAAAUGUGCAUGUUAAGGAAUAUUCAGCUGUUCACUUAUUAUUUGUGUUCACUUUUUCAUAGGUGAACCAAGUAAAGCCGUUUCUCCCACGAAUGUGAACAGUUCUCAAGACAUCUGUGGUAAGGAAGUGCAGGCACUUCCUGAAUCCAGGGAUCAGAAUGAGAAUGUAGUGGAACCACCGACCGCGUAUACUGGAAAUAAGGAGGUCAGUAUUGUGAACUCUAUGUAUAACGUGAUGAAUAAUUUAUGAGUUGAGUUAUGCAAUAUAAGUCUAAUAAUGUUGAUUUUUUUCUCCUAGGAGCAGGCUUCUUCGAAAACAGUCGAGUCGGACGAGUCCACUGAUAGGUAAGAAAUCUUCUGGACACUUAAUCUUCUGAUGAAUGAUAGAUACCAGAGGUGUAACUUAAAAACACUUGCCCACUUGCCCGGGGAAAGUGAAUAUCGUGACGGGCAAGUAAACAUUUUAUCACUUGCCCGGUUGGGCAAGUUGCCCUGCCACAAAAAGCCGGGCAUCUUUAAGUUUAUCGCCUGUAUUCUAAAAGCUCAAUCACACUCAAAGAGUGGAGGUUCAAUCUGAGCUUCCUUUGAAUGUCAGCGUGCUUUUGAAUAACUGGAGGGUGAGUCUUCUACCUUAUUGUGUAGCUACUCACCCUGCAGCUAUUCAAAAACAGCACUGAACCGCAAGGGAAGCUCGGAUUGAACCUCCAUUCUUUGAGUGUGAGUGAGAUUUUAGAAUACGGGAGUAUCGCCGUAUGUUUUCAUUGUCGGAUAUAAAUUGUUUAUAGUGAAUGUACUUGAUUCAAACUUUUUGUUUCGUGUGCCAAAGGUAGAUCUGAGGUAGUACAACAUAGCCAUAUAGAGAAGUGGGAGAACGGGUCGACAUGUUGUCCCCUUAAUUUAUACCCCCUACCUAGGUACCCCAGCGGCCAUUGUCUGAUGGCAAAUUAAAUGAAUUAUACAUUCGUGGCAACUAAUUUUCAUGUCCAACUUGCCCUUGCAAGUGAUCGAAAAGGUAAAGUUACACCACUGAACUUGUUAACAAGCUUGCUACAAACCUAUUACAAACGCAUCUUGUUGACAAGUUGUUGGAACAGCAUUGUCACAAGCUUGCUAAAAAACCUAUAUUACAAACACAGCAUGCAUUGUAACAGCAUGCAUUGUCAAAACUUGUUAACAAGCUUGCUACAAACGUAUUGCAAACACAUCUUGUUGACAAGCUGUUGGAACAGCAUUGUCAAAACUUGUUAACAAGCUUGCUACAAACCUAUUACAAACGCAUCUUGUUGACAAGUUGUUGGAACAGCAUUCUCACAACGUACUUCAUACGUGAAAUUAAGAUGAAUAGUUUCCUGAAAAUGACUGGAAAGGAUUAGGGUUAGAAUACUGGGUUUAGUAUUGUAGUUGAAAAAAUAUGGUAUUGACCCGAGAAAUCUUCAAUUUUAUUUUCAGUUCAUCGUUUCGGGAAAUACCGUACGAGGAUUGGAACUGUGCGCAUGUCCGCGAUUGGCUGACUUCCAUCGGUAUGGCAGAACAUGGAGACUUGUUCCGAGCGAACGAUAUCCGAGGCUCUAAUCUCCUAGAGCUAACAAAGGAGGACCUUCGUGAACUCGGAGUUAAGAAACUAGGUCAUCGCAUGACAAUCACCAAUGAAGUUAACCGACUGACUACAAACAAUGGCGCUGCUACUAAUCUAUAA